AUGGAUAAAGACAUUUAUAAAUUAGCAAAGGAUUUUCCUACUUGGGGGUCUAUUAUGGAAAAUGCAAAGUCCAGCAAUAGUGAUGGGAUAACUGGUAAUUGUAAUUCAUUUGAAGCAGCCAAAUUUAAAAAUUUUGAUCACUCUGUUCAGAAGAUAUGCAAACAAGCGGAAAAUUACACGAGCACUAUAGAAAGUACAUACUGGGAAAGGCUUAACCAAUCCAAAUUCAGUUGCAUAUAUUUGUAUUAUUGGCUAUAUUAUUAUAAUAAUAAUAAAAAUAUGGGUCACAUUAAAAGUCUUUUUCAUGAAUUUUUGGAAACUAUUGAUACCUCUCAUAAAAACAUAUGCUCAGAAAGUGCUUACACUACUAUUACAGAUGAUGAAAUGCAAAAGCUCAAAGAUCUGCAUGACAUGUACACUAAGCUUAAUAAUAUAGAGAAUAAUACUACUUCAUUUGAUGAUAAAUGCAGUUGUGCUAAUGAAUGCGCUAUAUCAUAUAUGAAAUACAAGAAUCCCUGUGAAUCCAAUAGUUUCUCUGAUUUUUGUAACGAAUUAAAGAAUGUUAGGGAAAAAUAUAAUGCACUAAGAGCAUUAAGGAGAAAGCGAAAUAAGUGGAAUAAUAUAGAUGAAAAUUAUAAUAUAUUCCAAUCGUACAAAAAUGAGAGUAAUGCUUCUAUGAAGCGUAGACACCAUAUUUUAUAA